CUGGUGUGUAAAAGGAAGCUCGAAAGUAAAAAGGAGGCAUUGCUGAUCCUUUCCAAAGAGCUGGACACCUGUCAACAAGAAAGAGACCAAUACAAGCUUAUGGCCAACCAGUUGCGGGAACGACACCAGUCUCUGAAAAAGAAGUAUCGGGAGCUGAUUGAUGGGGAUCCAUCCCUUCCGCCUGAAAAGAGGAAACAGGCAAAUCUUGCUCAACUACUGAGUGAGGCUCAAGAUCGAAAUAAACAUCUUGGAGAAGAGAUUAGAGAGCUUCAACAGAGACUGGGAGAAGUACAAGGGGACAAUAAGCUUCUUCGAAUGACAAUAGCAAAGCAAAGACUUGGAGAUGAUGAAGUUGGGUCUCGCCACUUCGCAGCACAUGAACGGGAGGACCUUGUUCAACAAUUGGAGAAGGCUCGAGAGCAAAUCGAGACUCUGAGAUAUGAUCUUCAGGCUGCACUGGAUGAGUUACAGGAUGUGAAAGAGGAACGCUCUUUUUACCAAAAUAAGUCUGACAGACUAAACCAAGAACUUAAUCAUGUCUUAGGAGGGCAUGAAAACCGUAUCAUCGACGUAGAUGCUCUAUGUAUGGAGAACAGGUAUCUUCAAGAGAGAUUAAAACAACUUCAAGAGGAAGUCAACCUUCUUAAAUCUAAUAUUACUAAAUAUAAGAAUGCACUAGAGAGACGAAAAAAUUCAAAGACUCAUAGUAGAUCCAGUAGCAGUGCUCUGACUGGAGUCCUGUCUGCAAAGCAAGUCCAAGAGUUGUUGUCGGAGGAUCAUGGAUGUAGCCUACCAGCCACACCACAGUCCAUUUCAGAUCUCAAAUCACUGGCCACUGCAUUGUUGGAAACUAUCCAUGAAAAAAACAUGGUCAUACAACACCAAAGGCAAACCAACAAAAUUCUAGGUAAUCGAGUGGCAGAACUAGAAAAGAAAUUAAGAACUUUGGAAAUUGCUGGCUUGUGGAGUCUUCCAGGUGGAAAAGAUACCAUAACAUUCAGUGACCCAACCUUGCCUGUUAUACAGCAGUCCAGGUCACCGUUGUUAGCGUUUACUGAUAAGCCACAGAAAACUGAAGUACAAGCAGAACAGAAGGGAGAACGUGAUGAAACUCGUGCUGUUGCGAGUGAGUCCCUGGCUCCAGAGGGAACAAACUUAAACAACAGAAACCAAAAUAAACAUUUUUAUCCUUCAUUACCCCAGCUACCUUCUGAGGAGGAAGAAAUAAACAAGCUUGGAAGUCAGAUAAUUAAACUGACAGAGCAGGCAGUUGCAGAACUGGAAGGGAAAAGAGCAGGCGCUUCUGCAGGGGAGCAGAACACGGUGGUUGGAGCAGAGCUUAAUGUUUCAUCUGAGGGAGAGUUCCCACUUUCAAGCCCUGACCCAUCCGACCCCACAGAUCCCUCAAACUCAGAGAACGAACAAACAGCUGAAACUGAGGCCCUGAAAGACAAUGACGAAACCUCAGAGAGCGAUUGUGAAAUUCCAAAUGAAAGAGGGAAUCGAAAUAGCAGCACCGUGGAUGUGGUGCAUACUGAGGACCCUGGAAGGCAUGGAGGGCUCAGUGUUACAACUGCACACACAGAUAACAGCUUUGAGGAGCUCCCUGAAUCUGAAAACAAGAAACCAUCUGAUCCUGCUGAAAACUGUGAAUAUUUGGAUAAUGGUUUGGCUUGAGGUAUGAAAUCCAGGCCCUCGAGCAUCCCACUAAUCCUUUUGCAGUGUCUGUGCUGCUGCGAAUAUGAUCGGUGAAACAGUGCGCUGUAGGGUUGAUUUUUACAUUGAACUGUUAAUAUUUGUCUAAUAAAGAUGUUUUUCUGUUAGUUUUGGCUACAGUGUACCAAAAAUGUAAAUUACCUACGGGAAAGAAUUAGUGAUGAGGUUUAAUCAUGUUGGGUUUUUGUAAUGAUUUGAAGUUUCUACAUAGAUAGAUGUAAUUUACAUUAGUGUAGCAAAGAGACCAAUGAUAAUGAUUUAUCAUGUUAUCACUAGGCUUCUGUAACGUGUAUGGUCCUAGUGCUGGACUGUAUUUUAAUGGUUAGAAGUGUCUUCCAAGGAUGAAAAAUUUGGAGUGAUAAAUUGAGACGCAUCUUAAGGCUGCAAGCUUUUGCUUGUUUCUCAGACUGCGUUCUAUUUCUCUUUACAUAUAGUGGCUGUAAGUACAUCCUUAGAAUAAAAUCACUAUGCCCUUAUAGGAAGUUUCUGAAAACCAUCCCUGCAUGUAUAUAGUUCUCUCAUUACAAACCUUUAUAUCUUCUCAACUGUACAAAAUUUUUCCUUCCCUCUCCCUGCUCAUCGCAUGAAAAUGCAGGGAGUUAUUUCACCAGAUACUGAGAACCCAAUUUAAUGAAGCUCUAAAGGAAACGUCAUCAGAGAAGCCAGAAGUCUUUCUGUGAGAAACGGCAAUGCUGUUCCAAAGCAAGGAGAACAGCAAGAAGAGAACCAGUGAUGCGCUGUCCACCUUCUUGGCUCUCCCAGUUACUGGAAUUGCAUUCCUCAACUUAGAGGAGCUGGACAGCCCUCAGGCUGAGCAACGGGUGGUAGAUUUCAGCCUACACCAUCUGUGCCCUCCUUUUUAAAGGAAUCUGUGUCUCUUUUAUUUUCUUAUGUUUUGGAAUUAAGGAUAACUCUUCCUUUCCUCCUCAUUUCACCAGUCUAUGGAGUGGUAGAAGGUUUAUUUGCAUUGUUGCUUCUUUCUUAAGCAUCUUCCCUUGUUGAUGUUUAGUCAUAGGAAAACACUCCUAUAAUAACUGGGGAAAAGGGAGGCUGCUGUGUCAUUCUCUAGCUCGCUCCUGAUGCUGGAGCUGUGCCACUCUGCUCCUAGGAAGGCAGCAACAAGGGAAUACUUAACGUUGAAGUUAGCAGCUGUCAGAGAAGGGGAGGCACGUCCUUCCUCUCCUGUUUGUAGCAUAAGGUACAGUCUCUGCAGCUGUGGAGCUUCUAUGGGCCAGCAGCCGUCAAGGCAAUUUUUCUGCUGGCUUGGGACCUAAUUGUCUGUAAAUGUUCAUUUCUCACUCCUAGAACUUGAAACCAAUCAGAGAGAAUUAAACCAAAUUUAAUAAAAUACUACUAAUAAAAAGGAAAAUCCCUCCCAGAUUGAGUCCUUCUUUGACAAAUAACUGCCAGCUGCAAAUUUUUACAGCCCACUUGUCAGCCACUGAAUAAACAGAGUUUAUAUUAGCAAUACUGACAAACUCUUCUGUAUAUGGAAGAUGAGCUAGCAGGUGCUGCCAUAAUCAAGGUGUCAGAGUCCAUGAACAGUUUGUAUUCAGCAGCAGAAAGGCUGUAUGUAAAUUAUUACAUAUAAAUAUAAGGAAUGAUAGUGGGAAGGUGAAAAAUGUGGCUUGUCUGUGUUCUCAUGUGUUUUCCCUAGCAGGUGCAUUCAGGUAACCCUUUCAGUGUCUGUCUGCAGGCAAUAAAGCCAUACUCGCAGUGCUCCGCAAAUAUGUUUCCUUUCUCUUUAAAGGUAAUUUGAUAUUGCAGCAUUUCACUGAUACUGAGCAGCAGCCCUUAGGAACAAAAACCAUCUGUAUAUUUAAGCAGAUGAGGGACAUGAAGGAAUAAGAAGUUUUUCUUUCAUUAUCCUGAUCACCAUUUAAGUUCCUCAUCACCUGAAAAACCAAGAAGAGUUUAAGUAUUUGAAAGACUGUUGUGCUGUUCCCAUUAAUUGUAACUGACUGCAUUAUUGACUCAUUUAUAUGACGGUACUGACAAGUCAGAAGAGAAAUAGCUGCAGAAACUGAAAUCUCCGGGAGAAUGUGGCAGGGUUUUUUCCUUUAAUGCUUGAAUGUGACAUGAAGUAGCAUUUUAUUCAAGACGUAUUCUUUUCCAUCUUUCACAGACUAAUCCUGUGCAGAGCUAAAUAUCAAUGCAGUCAGAACUGAGGCAAGUGAAUAAGAAGGUCAAGAUUUCACGUAGCUGAGCUCAGAAAUGUUGAGGGUGUUAUAUUGUUUCCCUGUCCUGUGUCUUUCCUGACCCACAAUUGUAUGUUAGCGUUUUGCUCCUGGUCCCUUAACAGCCAGUUAAAGCUAUUAAUUAAUGAAAAGCUUGGUGCAAAAAUUUGAGCAGGUAGAAGCUAGUGCUGGACUGACAGCUUUUUGUGCCUCAUUCGUUGAUUCUUUCUAGUAUGUUUUUUCUGCGAGAACAUACAACCCAACAAUUAGGACAUCUUGGUAAUUAUCCUCACACCAUUCUCCCUCUUAGAUGCCAUUUUUAUAUCUUUGCAAUCAUUAAAUUCCAGUGAGAUAUUUAGAUCUCUGGAAACCUCAUUUUUAGUGCGACAUCACUGCUGCGAUACUGUCCCUCUCCUUUCUGCCCUAGUGAAUGUGUAUUCUCGUUACGUUUUUAGCCUUCUCCCAGGAACACAAGACUUCAAAGGCAGAAGACUUGUAAAAGACAGACAUCUGUGCUGCACUGUGCGAUAACUAAUUAAAUAUUCUUGUCGGUAUCUUCCUUGGAUAUUGCUUUAAUUGAUAUUGUUGUUCUAUUAGAACGAUGAUUUUUCCCCAGCAAAUUAAUUAGUGCUUUGUGUGGAAUCAACACCACUUUAGGUUUUGGGGGGUGUUUGGGGUUUGGUUUUUUUUUUUUAGACUUGUGUUCCCUUUUUCUAGGACUUUAGAAAUGCAGAAAUUGCAUCCAGAGAUACAAGCCUUUUUGGUGUUAGGCUCUGGAGAAGCGAACUGGGAAGGGAAUGUUGUGGCAGGGGUAUGGAGAAGAUGCAUUUCACAAACUGAUUUUGUCAGUUUUGUCAACUGAGGUUGUCUCACCUGAAACUGAAUUCAUGCAUCAUCCGUGAGAAGGAUUUCAUUUGAAAGUACGAUGUUGUGGUUAUUUGAAAAACAAUGUUCACUGAAUUUGUAAAAUAAGUGUGUGAAAAUGACAGAUUAAGAAGCAUCUUUUAGAAUGCUGCUUCUUUUUUAAGUGAGACUAUUUUUAAACAUAUGGGAAUUUGUAUAAUAAAGACAGUGCAAUUUCUUUAAUCCAUAUGAGCUCAGGAAUGUAUUUCAAAAUCUUAACUGAGAUUAAGUUGAAAGUCUGCUACAGUUCUAAAAGAUAGGAUUUUGUUUACCAGCUUCUGUUUUGUAGUUUUACUUUCUAAAUUAUGCAGUUCAAUUUAUUUGCAAACCUGUCUUUUGUUGCUGCCUGGAUUAACUGCACAACAUGGUUCAACUGUAUUAAUACAUUUUGUCAGCUUUAAUAAAAACAUUUCC